UCACAGCACCCAGAAGGACAGCAGCAGCUCCUCACCCAGCACCUAGCCACGCCGUGGGAAGGAGCCUCCCCCUCGCCAUGGCUUCCCUGGGGCAGAUCAUCUUCUGGAGCAUUAUUAGCAUCAUCAUUAUUUUGGCUGGAGCAAUUGUACUCAUCAUUGGCUUUGGUAUUUCAGGGACACACUCCAUCACAGUCACCGCUCUCACCUCAGCUGGGAACAUUGGGGAGGAUGGAAUCCUGAGCUGCACUUUUGAACCUGACAUCAAACUUUCUGAUAUCGUGAUACAAUGGCUGAAGGAAGGUGUUAUGGGCUUGGUCCAUGAGUUUAAAGAAGGCAAAGAUGACCUGUCGGAUCAGGAUGAAAUGUUCAGAGGCCGGACAGCAGUGUUUGCUGAUCAAGUGAUAGUUGGCAAUGCCUCUCUGAGGCUGAAAAAUGUGAAACUCACAGAUGCUGGCACCUACAAAUGUCACAUUAUCACUUCUAAAGGCAAGGGGAAUGCCAACCUUGAGUAUAAAACUGGAGCCUUCAGCAUGCCAGAGGUAAAUGUGGACUAUAAUGCCAGUUCAGAGAGCCUGCGGUGUGAGGCUCCCCGAUGGUUCCCCCAGCCCACAGUGAUCUGGGCAUCCCAAGUUGACCAGGGAGCCAACUUCUCGGAAUUCUCCAACACCAGCUUUGAGCUGAACUCUGAGAAUGUGACCAUGAAGGUUGUGUCCAUGCUCUACAAUGUCACAAUCAACAACACAUACUCCUGUAUGAUUGAAAAUGACAUUGCCAAAGCCACAGGGGAUAUCAAAGUGACAGACUCUGAGAUCAAAAGGCGGAGUCACCUACAGCUACUGCACUCAAAGGCUUCUGCGUGUGCCUCUUCUUUCUUUGUCAUCAGCUGGGUACUCCUGCCUCUCUCCCCUUACCUGAUGCUCAAAUAAUGUGACUCGGUCACACACAAAAAUGCAAAGUCAUUGGUCCAACAGAAUCCCAGGAAUCUACAGAACUAUUGCACCACCAGAUAUGACCUAGUUUUAUAUUUCUGGGGGAAAAUGAAUUCAUGUCUAGAGUCUAGAGUGGACAAACAAGAACAAGAGACAAAAAGAAGCCAAAAGCAACCACAAAAGACUCCAGUAUGAACAAGAUAAGUCUAUCUUCAAAGAUAUAUUAAAAGUUGGGAAAAUAAUUCAUCUGAACUGGAGAAGUAUGUUAAGACUGUUAAGUAAAAUGCAUUUGGAGACAAGUGUAUCCCUAGAUCUCAGGGACCUCCCCUUACCUAUUAUCUCCUGGGGAGUGAGAGGAUGGGAUACGGUAUGUCCCUUGUCAAUGCAUCCUUAGUUGUAUGUUCUGUAAUGUUGCUCUGAGGAAGUUCUUGGAAAGUUCCAGUUGCAAUAUAUCCACAUCUUUGUUCUACAAAUGUAUGCUGUAAGAAGCUGAUUCCGCUGCCACUUCACAACUGAGGGGUGGCUGCAUUUUAGUGAUGGGUCAAAUGAUUCACUUUUCAUUAUGAUGCUUCCAAAAGUGCCUUGGCUUAUCCUCCCACCUGAAAAAUGCCAAAGACAUGAAAAAUGACCAUGGCAAAAAAAAAAAAGUAAUUGGUGACAAUGAUUUUAUAAAUAAUCUGAGCACCUCCUUUUUAUACAACAAAUGCCACUUUAUUUCUCAAAUGAUGUUCAUUUGUGAAUGGUCCAGGGAAGGGACCUCUCACCUUGCCUGUGUGGCAUUAUGUCAUCACAAGGUUUGAGGCUUUUACUUUCUAUCCUACAUGGACAGCUAUGACCUCAGCUUUCAACAUCAUCUAGAACAGUGGGACUCAACUGGGGUGAUGCUGCUUCGGAGAAAAUUUUCAUUGUCAGAAAUUGAGGGUGGGGUGAGCAGGCGACAGUGCUACUGGCAUCUAGUGGAUAGAGCCCAGGGACAUUGUUCAACAUCCUACAACGUACAGGAUGUCUCCCCACAACCAAGAAUUACCCAUCCCCAAAUGUCAACUGCACCAACGUUAAGAAACCCUGAUUUAAAGUAGAAAGGGGUCUAGAAAAGAGGGCAGCUUGCUCCCUAAAAAUAGGCAUUCUGUCUCUUUGGCUACUGCCUCAGCACAGAGAGCCAGAACUCUGUUGGGCAACCAGGAUAAUAUCUUUCAGGGAACAGAGUUGACAAUGCCUGAGGGAAAUUCCUGAUGGGAUUAUUUUCAGCUUGUUGAGCUUCCCUUCACUCUACCCUACAAACCAAGUUCUGUAAGAGAGCUACCUGAGUUCCAUCUCAAGUUCUCUCACUCUAAAUUUAGAUCUUCAGCCCCUGCCUGGCCAAAAUUCAAAUUAAAGCAACAAACAUGUUCCUUCCUUAAAACACACAGAGACUUUUUAAAGCAGGGACAAUGACCCUUUAAAAUGAGGCCUUGAGGAAUGAAGCUCUGAUGGAAAAGAAUGCUUUGUUUCCAGCCCCCUUCCCACAUUUUUUAUGUGUUGACCACUGCCUUCCUGGCACUUUGGAGCCACCAUAACUGUAUUACACUUUGUCAUGGAAAACUUGAUUUUGGAGUUCUGACCAUUCGAGAGAAUGAUUAAAUAUCUAUUUCCUA